AUGCUUCCUCGCUGCUGCCACCGCCGCCGCUCGGGUGCCUUCUGCCUCGCCGUGCUCCUCCUGCUGCACCUGCACCCGCACCUGCAUGCGGGCGCCCAGGCCGCGCUCGCGCUCGCGCGGCAGGACGUCGCGGCGCUCCACGGCCUGCGCGCGUCCCUCGGCGUGCGCGCCAGCGACUGGCCCGACAGGGCCGACCCCUGCGUCUUCUGGUCGGGCGUCGCCUGCCGCGCCGGCCGCGUCACGGAGCUCCGCCUCUCCGGGCUCCGCCGCACCCGCGCGGGCGCCCGGCGCGCGGCCUUCGCCGUCGACCAGCUCCGGCGGCUCACCGCGCUGGAGGCGUUCAACGCCUCGGGGUUCCCGCUUCCCGGCCGGAUCCCGUCCUGGUUCGGCCGCGGCCUGCCGCCGUCGCUUGCCGUCAUUGACCUCCGCUACGCACGCGUCAAUGGAGAGCUCCCGACCGAUCUCGGGAUGUCUGGGAACCUGACCACCCUUGUUCUCUCCGGUAACAACCUCUCGGGCUCUAUCCCGCCGUCGCUCUUCUCAAUCCCUGGUCUCCGCGUUCUCGAUCUCUCCGCCAACAACCUCACCGGCGCGCUGCCCAACGUGUCCUUCGCUGGCAGUGGUGGAGCCGGAGUUUUGUUCAACGCCUCUGGUAAUUCCUUGUACGGCGCUAUCGGUGAUGCCACUGGGUCCCUCAGGAAGAGGUUCUGGGUUGUUGACGUCUCGGACAAUUACUUCGAUCAGGUGCUUGGAGCUGGGUUUCAGAAUGGGACCGAUGGUGUAGCGGAUUUCAGAAUGAACUGCUUGUCUGGUGCAGCAAGCCAGCGCAGCCGUGGGGAUUGUGAGGCGUUCUACACGAGGAACGGGGUGAGGCUAGCGUUGGACCCCAUGUCAUCAUCGCCAUUGCCGGAGCCACGGCCACCACAGGUGCGGCCGAUGCCGUCAACGAGCAAGAGAGGGGGCAAAUGGAAGUUUAUAUUGGCCGGGGUCCUUGGAGGUGCUGCGAUUGUGGUAAUACUUGGCCUUAGCGCGCUGGUGAUUUGCUUGUUGAGAAGAAAAGGAAGGAGACCGAGAGGAAGAGGAGUGGAGCAGACUGAGGAGGGCAUUCGGUCUGGGCGGAGAAGUAGUAGUGUGAAUCCCAUCACAAUGUCACCCAUGGCAUCCCCCGGAGCCAGUGGUUCACAAAAGGGCUUUCCUGUUAUCAUAGAUGAAUUCACCUAUGAGCAGUUGCACCAUGCUGCAGGGGGCUUUGGGGAUGAUAACCUUGUCAAGCGUGGGCAUUCCGGUGAUAUGUACCAUGGUGCCCUGGACAGCGGAUUUCAAGUUGUCAUCAAAAAGAUUGAUCUGAAGAGCAGUAAGAAGUGUCAGGUUGAGCUGAGCUUCCUUACAAAGCAUAGCCAUGGGAGAAUCGUUCCAUUGCUGGGCCAUUUGGCUAAGGAUGAGGAGGAAUUGCUGGUCUACAAGUACAUGGCAAAAGGUGACCUCACAACUGCACUGCACAAGAAGUCAGUGGAAGUUGAACAGGGUCUGCGCUCAUUGGAUUGGAUAACAAGGCUAAAGAUUGCAAUUGGUGUGGCUGAGGCCUUGUGCUUCCUUCAUGACGAAUGCAGUCCUCCGUUGGUUCACAGAGAUAUCCAAGCUAGCAGUGUGCUUCUUGAUGACAAUUUUGAAGUGCGCCUUGGGAGUCUGGGUGAAAUAUGCACUCAACAAAGUGCAGGAAGCCAGAGUUUCUUCUCUCGGAUUCUAAGAUCAUCGAGAUCCCUUGACAAGAACAUAUCAGGUCCACCAGCUACCUGCUCAUACGAUGUUUACUGUUUUGGGAAGGUGCUACUAGAGCUAAUCACCGGAAACUUUGGUGCGAGUGGCUCAACUGACGCAGACUCAGAAGAGUGGUUAGCAAGAACAUUAGGUUACAUCAAUGCCAAUGACAAGGAGGGUGUCUCAGGUAUUGUAGAUCCUACCCUUGUUGUGGAUGACGACCACCUAGAGGAAGUAUGGGCAGUGGCCAUCGUCGCGAAGACAUGCCUGAAUCCAAAGCCCUCUAGGCGUCCACUCGCCCGUUACAUCUUGAAAGCACUGGAGAACCCACUAAGGGUGGUGCGGGAGCAGGAAGAGCUCCAAUCCAACGCAUCUCAUCUCAGAAGUACCCCAUCUCACGGCUCUUGGCGUUUUGCCUUCCAUGGAAACAAGUACUACAGCUGGGAGGUCAUGCCAACGUCGGGGCAAGCACUUGCUCGGAAAAAUACAGCAAAGUCUCGGGGAAGCGAGGCAAGCAAUGAGUACGAAGAGAAUUCAUUCUCAUUCAAGAGGGCUUCACGGGAAAAUUUCCCGGAUCCCAUAGAGUUUGAAGAAAGUGUUGUUGUGUAG